AUGGCUUCGCAGGGCUCAAGCUCCGCCCCUCCCAGAGACGUCUACGCCUGUGAGGUAACCCAAGACUGGGAUCCUCGUGCCCUCAAGGCCAGGCUUCCUCGUGGACUCACUCCAGCUCUGAAGGUCCAGAAAGGCGACAAUGUCUGGGCUUUCAACAUCAACCAGGGAUAUGGCUACAUCCAUCUACCUACUGGAGAUACGCACCUCAGAGGCUGGGUACCUCUUAACAUCUUGAAGAAGGGCGCGAUAAAGGUUGAAGAACUACCCAUCGAAUUGCCUGCAGAAGUCCGUAACUUCAGAUCUACCGCACCCCAGGGCACUCAGACCAAGUCUGACGCGAGCGUUCUGCUGAAAACACUUCGAACACUUUGGAACAAUAUUCAGAGCGAGCAGCCUCUCAUCAAGGAAGUGAUUUCCGGUAUGAAUGAACAGAGUCAGUCGGUUUUCUUCCACAGAAACGCAAGUCAAUACGGUGAUGUCGUCUACAAUUGUAUCACCAAAAAGGCCCGUGAAAUCAUGGACAAAGGCAACUUUUCCAUCGAAGAACUGAAGACUCUACCACCGGUCUCAAGCACCUAUCCCAAGCAGGCCGGGGUUUAUAUCAUCAUCUACGAGGACUUUGGUGGCCGUCAAUCUGGAAAUACCACCUAUAUCAUAGCCAUUUAUAUCGGCCAGACUGUCCAGUUUCAGAAGCGCAAGGACGCGCAUACCAGAAAUGCCACAACCAAGAACUCCGUGCAAUACAACCUCGCCAGAAAGGCCAAUAAGAUGGUAAUGAUACCUCUCUUAUUGCAAACGGCAACCAGUGUACCACCUGGUUUCCUCGACAUUGCAGAAUUCUCUAUGGUCUGCCUUUUUCGAAGCUGGUAUGCAGCUUUGUUCCAACCCCGCGACCCUGAGCUCCUCGGAGCCUAUACUAUCGAUCACGAAGGGUGCUUGGUCUUCUCUCGCUUAAUGCGACAAGUUUCUACUGAGACGGGCUGGAACAUCGCUCCCACUUAUGGCCUAAAUUGGAACACUCCAGUUCUCAAACACCCUAAGUUCGACCUUCCGUGGGUUGCGUGGCACGAACCGGAAUUGGAUCUUUACAAGUACCGCACACGCCGAACUCUCUGGAAGAAUGCGGGCGAAGUCAAUGUAUGCUGGUACGGAACUGAACGCCUACAGAUCCCUCUGGAAGUUGCCCACGAUACUGGUCUAGUGGACGGCGGCCAGUCAGUUCAUCUUGAGGUCGAGAUCCGCAAGAGAGGUGAUGAAUAUCUCACUCACCCUUUCCGUUACGUCCGUUUCCCACCACAGAUAGGAAGAAAUCCAGAGCUUGAGAAGCUCAGAUCCCUCGCUAUCAAGAUCCAGUGGCUUCCUGCUGGCAAAACGAAAUGGAGGGAGUACUACAUCGAAAGAUCUCGACUCUGGCAGGCUCUCAGCAAGACAAAUGAUGUAUUGCGCAUCUACCGCUUGGGUCUUAUAGUACUCUGUGAUGUUGAGAAAAUCAGCUACACGGGAGCUCCAGCCUGGAUUCACUCUCUCUCUCCAACAGAGAUCCAGUUCCUGCGAUAUGACCAUCUUGGGCAGAAGAGAGUAGUGGAGACAGUCCAGCGCAAAGUACUUCCUUGGCCAGCUGACAACACCAUGGCCCUGAAUACCCAGAGACUCAACGAGUUGUUUCCUCGCCAGUCAUUCCCCGGCACUGUCAUUGGGGCAAAGCCUCCACCGGGAUUUUUCACCAACAACCGCAAGUCGUGCGACAUGUGCCUUUCACAGCGCACUACCACUGCCUGCAAGUAUGAUCCUACUGACAACUCAUGCCAGUGUUGUAGACCUUUGAACCGUCCUUGUACUUGGUCUAGAGCAGGACAAGACGUCAUGGAUCUAUUUGUUCAUGGCCAGAGCCUGGAGGAACUUGGUAUCGCAGUAAACCUUUCCCGAGACAUGGGUUCAAUGAUCGGUCCACUGGAGGAGGCACCCUUCGAUCCUGAUAUCGAAGGUAUGGAGCAUGGAGAUCCGCAGGGCUGA